GCCCGCGCCAAAUAGGUUUCUGAAGCUAGAAUUCACCUACAACGGGAACUACACCAAUUAUUUCGUGAAAUCCAAGCCGUUCGCCGACUAAAGCAAAUCUCCGUGGUGUUUACCCGGCGCGUGGUCGCGUCUAGCUUCUGGGAUUUUCCUGCUGCCUCGCGAGCAACCGGACGCGAAGGCAUCUUGGUGCUCGACGCGUCCCAUGCAUCUGUGAGAAAAUAUCGCGCCUACGGUUUUUACGCUCUGCGAGCAACCUCCAAGCCAUGGCGGACAAGGCGACUUUGAUGAAGCUGGAAGAGGGCUUCACGAAGCUGGAGAACGCUCAAGACUGCCACUCGCUGCUCAAGAAGUACCUGACCAAGGAGGUCUUCUACAAGCUUAAGAGCCGCAAAACCCGGAUGGGCGCCACUCUGCUUGACGUCAUCCAGUCUGGUGUUGAGAACCUGGACAGCGGAAUCGGCAUCUACGCGCCUGACGCCGAGGCGUACACUAUCUUCGCCGAGCUGUUCAACCCCAUCAUCGAGGAGUACCACAAGGGCUUCAAGCCUACCGACAGGCACCCGCCAUCGGACUUCGGCGACCUGAACACGCUGGUCAACGUUGACCCCGAUGGAGACUUCGUCAUUUCCACAAGGACGCGCUGCGGCCGAUCGCUGGAGGGCUUCCCGUUCAACCCGUGUCUGACGGAGCCCCAGUACAAGGAGAUGGAGCAAAAAGUGGUCGAGGUGCUGAACUCGCUGGACGGCGAGCACCAGGGCACCUACUACCCGCUGACUGGCAUGACGAAGGAGACGCAGCAGCAGCUCAUCGACGACCACUUCCUGUUCAAGGAGGGCGACCGCUUCCUGCAGGCGGCCAACGCCUGUCGCUUCUGGCCCACCGGAAGAGGAAUCUUCCACAACAACGCCAAGUCGUUUCUGGUGUGGGUCAACGAGGAGGACCACCUGCGCAUCAUCUCCAUGCAGAUGGGCGGGAACCUGAAAGAGGUGUACGGGCGCAUGGUGCGAGGGGUGCAGAUCCUCGGCAAGAAACUUCGUUUCUCCCGAGACAGCCGCUUGGGCUACCUGACUUUCUGCCCCACCAACCUGGGUACCACCAUCCGAGCCAGCGUGCACAUCAAGCUGCCCAAGUUGGCCUCCGACAAGGCUGUGCUUGACUCCACCGCCGCCAAGUACAACUUGCAAGUUCGAGGCACCAGAGGAGAACACACGGAAAGCGAGGGUGGAGUGUACGACAUCUCGAACAAGCGCCGCUUGGGACUGACCGAGUACCAGGCCGUCAAGGAGAUGCAAGAUGGCAUCCUCGAACUCAUCAAACUGGAGAAGGCGAUGCCGUGAACCAGGAGGUGGUAUUC